GGAUUGAGAAAGAAGAUCGUGGAUGAAGAACAGACUUGCGGUGGACGACUGCGUAGUCUAGGAUCUGUUGUGGCAAAGUGCACUUGCAUAGCAACAAGCAUCGUGCAGUCUGUGGACGCGUUUCAAAGGCACGUGCUUCCGAAUUUCAGGGUGGUUGAGGAUCAGAAGAACCCUGAAGAAAAAUCUCAGAGAAUUAACUUUGACUCAGAUGGAUCACAAAAACUAAUAGAUGAGAUGCAUAAAUUGGAGGCGGGGGUUGCAUUGCUGCGAGUAAUUGUGGAUGCCAAAAACGACACCCUUGUUCUCAUUCGUGGCAAGUUGAUCCAAGAGAAUGACGAGCUAAAAGCUGAUUUGGCAGCCGCAAGAGAGAAGAUGUCGGCGGUCCUUCUGCAGGCAGCCUCAGAUCCUGAGAAGAAAACCGGCGCCAUUGGGUCCAACCCUGAAAAUGAAGUACUGAGGCAAGAGAUUCACGCGUUACAGGACCUCUACUCUGCAAAAAUUGAGCAGAUGCAGUCGACGUUGAAGCUGUAUGAGCAGGCGGAUACUGAUCGCAGCAUCAAACACGAUCAAUUGCGACAAGAAAUCCAGUCAUUGCAUCACCAUAUUACCACCAUUGAAGCCUCCCGGCAUCGGCUUGAAGAUGAUCUCAAAUAUGAAACCUCAGCCCGUUCUCAGCUUGUCACAGAGAUUUAUCACAUGAGAAAGGAAAAUGAGGCAUUGGGAUCCGAAAUAGAGAUGCUGAAACUAAACCAAAAGUUCUUCAGAGGACAUGCAAGAAAAGGCCGCCUCCCGAUGGAAAAAAUGGAUAUGGUCAACACUGUGAAUCAACUGAUGAUUGAUAACAGCAAAUUGAGGAGUGACAAGGCCGCUGUUGAGGAGGAGCUGAAGACGCAGCGACGAACAAAUGUGCUCGAGCGCGUGAAGAGUGUCGUCACGGCACGUGAUGUGGCCUUGUGUGCGAACAACAAGGUGGGUGAUUCGGAAUUGGCAAGCAAGCUGGCAAGAAUCCGGCUGCAGCAUCUGGGAAUGUAUUCGCCCACACAACUUCCACUCACAAAUGGCAACCCUUGCUUAAGCACGGCCACCGCAAACCUUUUCCUACCAGCAGCCGACAACCCAGACGAUUCCACACCGGCAGAAGAUCCGUCCAGACGCCCAUUUGUGCCACCAGCUACAAAACCCAAGAAGCUGUCGGACAUGUUCGAUGGGGGACUAAAGGGCUUUGCGCAACUGGCCGGCCUUAAAGACCGCGGAAUCAUUUGAUACGAGUCGAAAACACAGCACCGAAAAGGAGCUUCACGCCCGGCUACAAAAACAAUCACCGCUGUGACCCAAAAGUGCGAAACCAUUUCAUAGCUUCAUUGAAAUGUCUGACAGAAUCUCCCGCACUCGAUACACAGAUCCUUCUCAUUGCAAGGCACACAAAAACAACAGAAAACAUGCUUCGGCAAUCGAAAAACCUCAUUUUGAGCCGUGCACCAAAACCUCUCCUCCACUUUUGCCAAAUGAACACACAUAUACACUCACACACACACAAGACCAUACUUAAGAUGGAGUGCAACCAGCGUGCAUGGAACCAGGAAAAGCACCUAAAGCUCAUCAAUGUAGCCCUCCUCUUCUUUUUCUUCUUCUUCUUCAUCAUCAUCAACUGGGUUUGUGGCAACACAUAAUAUGUUAUCAGAUGGCUUUCCUCGAUUGCUGCACACAAGAAGAAUGCUCAAGAAUGGCUCCGAAACAACACCCACCAUGAAUCUAUCUGUCCCCCACUCUCUCACUCACACAAUUACUCACACACUUACUGAUGUUGCACAAUCCUGCUUACCCACCGUGGCACAUCUUUUUCUCACAUAUAUAUAUAUAUAUAUAUAUAUAUCUUUCUCUCUCUCAUGGUGAUAUGUCAUGUUUGAUAUAUGUUUAUAUUUGCAUUUCAUCUCUUUGGAAGGACUGUGGCGGAAGCUGGAAAUAAUGGAAUGAAAGGUCAAGUGCAUUUUAUAACUUGAUCUUGAUUGUUGAUGGAGUGAGAUGGAUAUUGGACAACAAUUUUCUACAUAUGAAAAAAUGAUAGCCGUUAAUUUAUUUACUUUAUAUUUGCAUUGUAUGCUAUUUGAUGAAAUUCAUGUU